AUGACAGCAAUACCAUCAAAUUAUUUCAUUUCUAAACGUAAUAUAUCGUCUCAUCUUAAAGUUGACUGUAUACCUGUUUAUUACGAUACAUUGAAACGGAUUAUUGAGACAAAUGAAGAUAGCGAUGAUGUAUUAUAUGGAAAAUUGUUAAUGAAUAAUGAUUAUUCCAAAACACAAGUUUAUGUCAUAUGCUCAAAAUAUCAAUUUGAUUAUAAUGCUAAUGAUGAUGACUUAGAAGAAAACAACUAUUCAGAUGAAAGAGAGCGAUCUAUAACUCGUCGAUCACCACGCAAUGCUAAUAUUUUAUAUCGAUAUUGUCGAUUAUCUGGUCACAUGAAACAAUUUUGUUUAAAUUAUUCAAUACGAAUGUUAUUUGCUACAGGUCAUUAG